CAAUAAGCAAAUUGAAUCAUAAAAAAUGGAACAAACUUCUGAAGGGUCAACAAUUUUUCCCCAAGAAAUCAUUUUUGAGAUUUUCUUGAGGUUACCUGUCAAAUCCCUCUUGAAAUUCAGGUGUGUUUCGAAAUCUUGGUUUUUUUUGCUCUCAAAUCCUUUAUUCAGCAAAACCCAUGUCGAUUUUUGCUUAAAGAACCCCAAAUUGACUGAUUAUAAACUUGCUGUGGUAGCUUCUGUUUAUGGUUCAGGUAGAAAAUGCAAUUUUUACAACAUGGGGUUUGAAAAUUCAUGCCUUAGUGUGGCUAGAAAUAGUUGUCCUGCUAAAUCUUUAGCUAUCUCAGCUAGGAUUUUGGGUUCUUGUAAUGGGUUGAUUUGUUUAACUAGUGACUCGUUUACAGUAAUGCUAUUGAACCCCUGUACUGGAAAGUUUAAUGUGUUUCCUGAUUCAAUGCUUCGGAGUAAUGGCGGCGGCGGUGGUGGUAGUGGUGUUGGUUGUUUUAUUAGAUAUGGAUUUGGUUAUGAUGCAUCUUUUGAAGAUUAUAAGGUUGUGAAGAUCUUUAGUUUUCCUCAUAUUGAGGGAAGAUAUGAGAAUAUGGUUAAUGUUUAUAGCUUAAAGGCUAAAUCUUGGAAAAUGAUUGAGGGAUUCAAUAGUGGUAGUUUAAAUGGAAAGGUUGGUGUGUUUGUAAAUGGGGCACUUCAUUGGGAAGCGUCCCAUAGUCAUUGUUCGGGUUCGUUUUGGGAGAUUGUUACUUUGGACCUGGCUGUAGAGAGAUAUGGGAAAAUAGCACUGCCUAGUUAUGAAGAUGGAGGUGUUUAUUGGACGUUAGGUGUUUCGAGGGGGUAUUUAGUCGGUUGUUGCAACUACGAAAAGAAUAAGGCGGAUGUGUGGGUGAUGAAGGAGUAUGGUGUUGAGGAAUCCUGGACUAAAUUGGUUACCAUCUCGUUACCCGUUGAACGUAGGGCUUAUAUCUUACCAUUGUUCGUGGCUGAGAAUUGUGAUGAAUUUCUGCUGCAGCUUGGGGAAGAGCUAGCACUGUAUAAUUCAAGGGAUGGCUCAUACAAGCAACUUGACGUUUACUCAUCUGGUGAUUAUUUUCGUCAAGCUCAAGCUACGACCUACUUUGAGAGCCUUGCUUCACCUCAUAUGAAGUGAUGUGAUGACAGGUGACACUGUGGAGGCAGAGGGAACCACAAGAAUUCUGGGUUUGUUCAUCAUCGAAUCAACUUCUGCCUUUGAAGCUGAUCUCAUGGACGAUAUAAAUGUUGGUGCAAGUAAAUACUUGUAAGUUCCCGUGAUCUAUGCAUUUUCCAGGUACCUCUUCGAAUGGUGGCAUUGUUCCUUCGAUAGAGCUAUGCAUUUUUCAAGCAUACUUCGAGCACGAGAGUAUUGAGGUUUAAAGUACACACCUACGGUUCACCAUUCUAUCUCUAACAUAAGGAAGGAAAGAAUCUUGAGAUGUUUCGAAGAUAUUGGCAAUACUAUCCAGAAGAUUUAAGAUGAAUUGUUUGCCUUUAUUUUACUUUUGGUGUAAAGAAGAAUUUGUAUGAUGAACUAUGGAACUUUUGUUUGCUCUUUUUAUGAAUUAUGAUUAUGGCUUUUAGCAAUGCCUUUGU